AUUGAUUGUGCUUUACAUUGGGUUGUAAUGCUAACAGGCUAAAUGAGCAGCUCAUGCUACAAGUACACCGGUUCUGUCCGAACAGAACAGCUUAUAACGUUACUACUGCAGAGGACAGCGGGUUAAAACAUAGACUUACUGUUUCAUUUGUAAAAAAUGUGUUUGGUAUACGUUAGUCGUAAAAAAUGAGUCUCCGGAAGCAGACACCAAGUGAUUUCCUGAAGCAGAUCAUUGGGAGACCAGUGGUGGUGAAGCUGAACUCUGGUGUUGAUUACAGAGGAGUCCUGGCCUGCCUUGAUGGCUACAUGAAUAUUGCUGUGGAACAGACAGAGGAAUAUGUCAAUGGCCAGCUGAAGAACAAGUAUGGAGAUGCAUUUCUCAGAGGAAACAACGUGUUAUACAUCAGCACCCAGAAGAGGAAGAUGUGAAGCCAUUUUACUAGUUUCUUUAUUCAUUAUUAGAUAAGUAAAUUGUUUACUGGCGAUAUUCAUAAUCCUUUGUUAGUUGAUGAUAAUGUUCAAUAAGUUUGUUUCAUGUUUUGUAACACAAAAUUUGGUGUUCUGCAGAGUGAUGCAGUAAAUUUGUUUUUCGACAAUAGAUUUUGCUUUUGUGUUUUCAUGAUUUAUCUGCUCCUGAGAUGCUUCUAUGAAUAUUUAAAUGGUGAUAAUUCAGUCGUAAGGAAUUGCUGAUUAGCACUUUCAAGUCUGGAGGUUGUUCAGGGCUCCUUUAUCUGCAUAUUUCAUAUUCACUGCUUAAAUGUACCUGCUGACUGUUUCACAUCAUUU